AUGCUGAGACCGGCCGACUACCUGCCAUGGUCGCUGAGCGCGCUGGUGUUCGUCUGCCUCCUAUGCUUCACCUUCCUCCACCAUGACAGCCAGGCUCGCUUCCAGCGCCUCAUGGAGGAGGCAACGGCCAAGUGCCUGCAAGCAAGAACAAGCGAGUACGAGCAGGUGGUGGGAGCAUGGAGGCGAGCAGCGCAGAGAGUAGCGAGAGAGCAGGAGGCGACCCUAAAUCAGAGCAAGGAACUGGUGAGAGAUCUGAUGAGUCUCAAGGAAGGGCGCCUGGUUCCAUCCUCCUCGACCCCCCUACCUGCCGUGCCAAGCUCAGCAGCAGGUUUGUCAGCUGAGCGAGUGGAGACGUGCUUCCAGAAGGUUUGGUCGCAGAUCGAUCAGUUCGAGUCGAUGAUGAAGAUCGAGAGGAGGUUCGCUACCUUGUGGCUCGCAAAGCAGAUCCUGCUGCGGGGGCUGCGGGGCGAUUUCAUCGAGGCAGGGGUCGCCAACGGAGGAGGCGCGUGCAUGAUCCAGUCGCUCUUAAGCUGCGUGGGAGACCGUCGGGACUUUUACCUGGCGGACAGCUGGCAGGGGCUGCCAACUCCCUCGAAGACGAGCUUCAGCAAGGAGCCUUCGCAGUUUCGAGGAGGAGAGUUCUACGUGCCCUUCGCUCGCUUCGUCAAGGAGUGGGAGGGGUGGGAGAGGAACUGGACGCGGGAGGGGUUCGAGUGGCCCAGGCUCAACGGCGGUACCGCCAAGGUGCUCAAGGGAGAGUUUCAAGCUACUCUGCCUCGGCUGCGCGACGAGAACGUGAGCUUGAGCUACGUCAAGUGCGACGGUGACAUGUACUCGUCGACGUUCGAGUGCGUUCAGUUCUUGUAUCCUAGGCUGGAGUGCGGGGGCUACAUCUACUUCGAUGACUACCAUGAGUUUGGGGAGUGUCAACGAGCCGUGAAGGACUACUUGACGCAGACAAACCAGCAGGACGUGGCGGAGGACAUGUUCUCUGUGCGUCAAGGCUUCGGGCUCGGCGUGUACGACAGGACGCUGACAAAAGCCAAGUACGAGGCGGUGUUUUGGCGGAAGGAGUGCGAGCGCAAGGAAGCGGGUAGGAGGAGGGAAGGGAGGAGGAGGCAGGUGUCAGCGGAGGUGGGCGAGCGGUCGGGCAAAGAGAGACAGAGAUCGAGUCGUGGACAAGUGCCAUAG